ACAACUUCAAUUCGGACAUCAGUGGUCACCCUUUCCUGGUGUGUGUUGUAUCUAGUACGAUUAAAGUUAGUACCCUCAUUUAAUGUUUCGCAAAUGCCGCCGCUCCCUGGCCUUCUUUGGUACACUGCAUACGUCUCCUUCCACAUUACACCGUCGUUUUCCAGGGCUGUCGCUGAGGACAUGGACAGCACACCGGAAGCUCGUCCCGAGAAUUGACUUGAUUGCCAGCAUUUCCAUCGCACCUAGCGUAUUCAUUUUUAGACUCACGUACAAGGAAAACCCUGCCUAUCAGCCGAAUUGUCACUCGCCGGUGAUCAUUUCUUCGUUCCACAAUCGCAAGCGCCUUCCCGCUGUUCGGAUGUACAUUCUUCGUCAACCUUGGUCUGGGUCCAGGCUCUGCCCUCGCUGGUAAGCCGGUGCUUUAGGCACUGGAAUUGGGUCCGUAGAGGAGGAGAUGGACCGAUAUAGCCAGCUCUUGGACGUAUGCUGGACUUGUGGAAGAUUAUGACAUCAAAAUUUUCUGAUUUUCAGCGGCCUAAUCCACACGGUUUAGAUCGAAUGUAUACAGGGC